AUGGAUAUUGUUUUAAAUAUUUAUGAUCGAUGGCUUUUAACACCAUAUGUCUAUCCAACGGAAGGUUGGCCUGAAGAUGAUAUUAUUCGACAAUUAAUUUCAUUAACUGUAUUGAUUAAUGUUCAUGCAGUUAUUUUGUAUUUUAUUUUGGCUGGUUUUAGCUAUUUCUUUUUAUACGAUAAACAACAAAUGAAUCAUCCAUUAUUUCUUAAAAAUCAAAUUCGGCAAGAAAUCAUAGCUACACUUCAAAACAUUCCAUUUAUGAGUAUUCCAACUAUAGCCACUUUUUUACUUGAAGUACGUGGUUAUUCAAAAUUAUAUGAUAGUUCACAACGUUCUUAUGGUAUUAUUCCAUUUUUAAAAGAAUUUGGUAGUUUUUUAUUUUUUACGGAUAUGUUAAUUUAUUUUAUUCAUCGUGGUUUACAUCAUCGUCUUAUUUAUAAAUAUGUACAUAAGUUACAUCAUCGUUGGAUUAUUCCAACACCUUUUGCAAGUCAUGCAUUUCAAUGGUUAGAUGGUUUUCUUCAAAGUUCACCAUAUCAUUUAUAUGUAUUUUUAUUUCCAUUACAUAAAUUAGCUUAUUUAUUUUUUUUUAUGUUUGUUAAUUUUUGGACAGUUAGUAUACAUGAUGGAAAUUAUUCAGUACCAAAAUUAUUUCAAUCAAUAAUUAAUGGUGCAGCACAUCAUACUGAUCAUCAUCAAUAUUAUGAUUGUAAUUAUGGACAGUUUUUUACAUUUUGGGAUCGUUUAAUGUGUUCAUUUCGAUUGCCAGCUAUUUAUAAUGCAAAAGAAAAAAAAUAUUGA